AUGUCAGGGAAGAUAUUCUGGCUGGUAGAGGCAUCUGAAAAGAUUAUUGAUUAUACCCAUGCUGCCGAGAGGGAGAUUCACAUUGAACGUGGAGUAUAUGCGCCUCAUCCAUUGAGGUAUAUGCUCUCCAGAGAUAUCCACAUUUCACGGUUCAUAUACCCGCGUCGAAUGUUGACUGCCAUGGAUAUUGCGGAAAUCCAACGAUUUUACCCCAACUGUAUAGGGAUCAGAAUUUUUGUAUCCGGAUAUGCCGUAUUUCUUUUUAGAAAUAUGGGGGAAAUGCAAAGUGCCUGGAGCUACGGAAACCCAGACCACGUAGGCGGUUUAUUACCCCGUUUUGACAUCGUGGACAUAAUGCCAUGCAGAGAAACAAUACAAUUACCAUCUGGUCAUGGUAUUGCACCUGCACCAAACUCUUUUGCUUCUCAGAUAUGCCUUGGCUUAAAAAUACGGCUUGUGGGCGGUGAAGAAGCAAUUACAACCGUUACCCAUGGCUUCGUCAAGCUACCCCAGUCGGUACCUCGCUUCCCAAGGGUUGCCAGUUGGAUGAUCCGAGCAAAGCAGCGGUUACAAAGAUUCCUGCCGAAUAAGCCUCUUAUUACGUUACCUGGUGAGGUGGAGUGCCGUCAACGGGGUGUUCUUGGAUCUUCGGCCCUUGGGAAGGCUGUAUUUCUUUCAGGUGAAGCCACCAAGGUAAGGCCACAGUGCUAUCUAUAA